AUGGAUCUUCCUGAUGAUGACAUUUCUAUGUAAUCCUUAUUCAGCUGUGAUGAGCCCACAGUUUCUCAGAAAACAACUUCAAUAGACAAAUACCAUUCGAAUUUAAUUUGCUCGAAAGGCAUUUUUUCCGAACCGCAAGCUUUGAAUGAUGAAGACAUAAACCCUUGGAUUCCACCAAUACCAAUUACUCUUGAUCCAAGCCAGCAGUACGAAUCCUCUAAUACAUGACUAAAGCAGUACAAUUCAGGUCCUAUAAAAGCUUUAGAUAAACUAAUAACCGAUAUCAAACAAAGAUCACUCAAGGGCGAAAAUCCAAAUAAAAAGCAAUCUAAUUUAGGGGAUUUUGACGAAUUUUUCCAAAGGAUGAACAAUGAUUUAGAGCGCAGGAAUAAAGCCCGGGAAAAAAUAAUCGAAAUUACAAAAAACAUAAAAGAAAAAGAAAUUCAAAAACACCAAAAUACAAAGAAAAUUCCCAAAGCACAGAAAGAAGAAACUUUUAACAGGCUGAUUAGAGAUGCCAUAGGCAGGCAGCAAACCAUUGAAAUGCGGCAAAAAAUAAAAGAGCUUUUGCAGGAGCAGGAAUCAAAAGAGCUAAGAGCAAACAGGCUGUCAAAGGAUCAAGAAGAAAAACUUGUGGACAGGCUCCAACAGUUUUGGCUCAGAAAAUGAGAAAAAAUCGAAGCGAAAAAGAAAGAAAAAGAACUGAUCGAAGACGAAGAAGUCGCGAAAUUCAAAGAACAGUUUUCUAAUAAGAAAUCUGAUAACGAAGUAUUUGUAAGAUUAACUGAGAAAAAAAUAAUUCCAAUCGAAGAAAAAAGAGAAAAAAUAUAUUUUUCUGUUAAUGAUGCAAUAGCAUCAGGAAAAAGGCUGAUGAACUCUGGAAAUAAGCAUAUAAAAAAGAACUCAGAAUUUCAAGAAAAAAAUUCAUCUAUUGUUCCAAGAGUAAAAUCUCCAAGAAAUUUGCAGAAUACAAGUUCAGGGUGAGAUACUUUUUCUUUAUCGCAAUCUAAAUUUUCUAAGUAAGCUUUAUACAGUACAAGUGUGAGUGAAAAGAAUUUUAAGUCAAAUAAAAGCCUUAAAACCGAACCUACUAAGCUUAAUUUAAAGGCAGGUGAAAAAGAAAUUUCAGUUAAAUCGCCAAUGUUUAGCACUCAAACCUAUUUUCCACCUAAGAAAAAGGUGUCAUUUGAGCCUGUUUUGAUUUCCAAGCGUGGCCAUAUUCCAAGUGCUACUGAAACCUAUAAAUCCUUACUCCCCCCAUCCAUGAGCGAACAAAAUCAUUAGAAAAUCCUUUUUUUUUGCCCAAAAACUAACCCUACAUGGGUGAACAAAAAAUUUUUUUAAUAUAAAAAAUAUUUUGAUAUAUAAGUGAUAAUUAUAUAAUGAAAUCCCUUGCUAAUUCUACUUAAUUUUAAACAACUUGCAUUUUAAAACAUAAAUUUUGCAAAUAAAAUUAAUAUUUGCUUUCCAAUUUUUGCUAAUUGGAAUUUUUUAAAUUUCGAAAAAUAAAAUUUUAGUAUAAAAUAUAUAUAUAAAUUUCCCAUAGAUGGCGCUGUUUGCCCUUGAUUUGCCCACUGGGGAAAUUUUUUGGUUCGACCAGUCCCAUAUGGUUUGGUCAAACCAAAAAAUUUUUCUCAUGGGGCAAACAGCGCCAUCUAUGAGAAAUUUCUAUAUAUAAAUUUUUUAAAAAAAAUUAACCCCACUCAAUGAGCAUGGAGUUAGGUGGAAUUUAA